AUGAAUUUUCGUCAUACAUCGGGCUAUAGUUACGCGUUUGAGCCGUCACUAGAGACCAUGUCGGGCCAAACAAUCGGUCAAUUAAUCCGAGAGUGCGCUAAUGACUCGCCCGACAAAACGGCCGUCGUGUCCGCUCACCAACACAUCACCAAAACCUAUGCCGAACUUAAUUCUGACGCAAAUAAGUUGGCCAUCGGUCUGAAGGGUUUGGGAUGCAGAAGGGGUGACAGAGUAGGCAUUUGGGCCAUCAAUUGUUAUGAAUGGGUUAUUACACAAUAUGCCACCGUUAAAAUUGGAGCAAUAUUGGUAAAUGUGAACCCUGGCUAUCGGGCCAAUGAGCUCCAGUAUGCGCUGAAUCUGGUGGGCUGUCAUACCUUAAUAUGUAGCCAACAGUUUCGGAGUAGUAAUUACUGUAAAAUCUUGGACAAUAUAUCAAUAAAAUUGUUGCAAAACAAUACCGAUGGAAACGCUAUUCAAUGCGAUAAAAUACCGAGUCUCGAGAAUAUAAUAGUAAUAAACAGCGGCGACGAUGAGCCGGAAAUGGCACCCAAACACAUACCCCGUUUCAAUGAUCUGAUGGCAUCGGUCAACGGCAACUGUGAGUGUGUCGACGACCCGGCCAUACAGUUUGACGACCCGAUUAACAUACAGUUCACUUCGGGCACAACUGGGAGCCCAAAGGCGGCGACACUAACCCAUCAUAAUAUUAUACAAAACGCGUAUCUAUUGAGCAAACGAUCGCUGGAAGAUCUAGAGCUGAACGGCCUAACAGUAUGCGUACCGCCGCCUCUGUAUCACUGUUUUGGGUCAAUAGUGGGCUCACUUAUGAUUGCCCUCCGGAGAGCCACAAUGGUUUUGCCGGCCCCUGUAUUCAACUCACACAAGACACUUGAGGCGAUCGAUAAAUACAAGUGUCACAUGGUAUAUGGUACGCCUACUAUGUUUGUAGAUCUGCUGGCCUGCGAUCUUACUAAAUACAAUACAAGCUCGUUAGUUAGAGGUAUAAUGGGUGGAUCACCCUGUUCACCAUCACUACUGGAUGAGAUCUAUAAGCGUAUCCCCACGUGUGCCCACAUUUUGCUCAUAUACGGAGCCACCGAAUGCAGUCCACUUGUGACACAUACAUCGGUUGGCGAUUCACCUGAGCGUCGGCUAAAGUCUGUCGGACGACCCAUAGAACACGUGGAGAUCAAGAUUGUAGAGCCCAUUACCGGUGCAAUACAACCGAUUGGUGUGUCGGGCGAAGUUUGUGCUCGUGGUCAUUGUACUGACAUGGGUUUUAUGGACGAUUGCGGGUAUUUGUAUAUCAAUGGCCGCAUCAACGAUAUGAUCAUUAGAGGCGGCGAAAACAUAUACCCCAAAGAGGUGGAGGACUUUCUGAUGACACACCCGUCCAUCGCAGACGCACACGUGGUGGGAAUACCUGACAAUAGACUUGGCGAACGGUUGGCCGCAUAUAUAAAGCUUAAAGCCGACGACGCGUUAGACACUGAAGCUGUUAAGGAGUACUGUAAAGGAAAGAUCAGUCAUUUUAAGAUACCAGAGAGCAUAGAGUUUGUGUCAGACUUUCCCCGAACUGUCACCGGAAAAGUACAAAAAUUUAAACUCAAAGAGCUGGCGGCGCGGGGCCCUAAGAGGUAUCCAACGAUUAGAUUUACCAGAUGUCCAGAAAUGAAAGAGAAAUUUCCAAAUGGCACUAAGUACCCAAUGGCAUAUAAUGACUAUAAGAAGUGUAACGAUUAA